CGCGGACUGUUUUUAUUUAUUUCUUUGUGUCUAGUGGUGGGAAAACACUUGACAGUCCCUCAUUCGCGCAGCGAUGCUCAUCAGUAUUAGGACGGUCACGUAGUUUCCCCUCGAUUGUUCAAAGUGACGGGAAUCUAAAGGGUGGAGGAUGAAGCGGCGCAAUGCGGACUGCAGCAAACUCCGUCGCCCGUUGAAACGGAACCGAAUAACCGAGGGUAUUCACAGCAGCAGUACCUUCCUGUACCUGAAGUUCUUGGUCGUUUGGGCGCUGGUUCUGCUGGCCGAUUUUGCGCUGGAGUUCAGGUUCGAGUACCUGUGGCCUUUCUGGCUCUUUAUCAGGAGCGUUUACGAUUCCUUUAGAUAUCAGGGACUGGCGUUCUCAGUGUUCUUUGUGUGUGUCGCAUUCACAUCAGACAUCAUCUGCCUGCUGUUCAUCCCCAAGCAAUGGCUGUUCUUCGCCGCCAGCACGUAUGUCUGGGUACAGUACGUGUGGCAUACAGAGCGAGGUGUGUGUCUGCCGACUGUUUCGCUCUGGAUUCUCUUCGUCUACAUCGAAGCAGCCAUCCGAUUCAAGGAUUUGAAACACUUUCACGUAGACCUUUGCCGUCCAUUCGCAGCUCACUGCAUUGGCUAUCCCGUGGUGACGCUGGGCUUCGGAUUCAAGAGUUAUGUGAGCUAUAAGAUACGUCUGCGGAAGCAAAAGGAGGUGCAGAAGGAAAAUGAGUUCUACAUGCAGCUCCUACAGCAGGCCCUGCCUCCAGAACAACAGAUGCUUCAGAGACCGGAGCGAGAGACGGAGGAGGCCCCCUCAAAAGGCUUGUUUGAAGCAGACUCGUUGAUAGUGGCUCAGAACGGCACUGCUGUUCCCAAGAAACUUCCCGUCUCUCUGCCUGAACUGGAGUACAAGGAGAAGGCCAAAGACAAAAAACAGCAGCAGCAGCACAGCAUAGGAAUUAACAACAACAUCCUUCAGACUGUGGAUGCUAAACUACAAGACAUUGAGUAUAUGGAGAACCACCUAAACACUAAGAGACUCAACAACGAGCUUGGCAGCAGUGCCGAGAACCUGUUCCAGAAAGAGGAGGCAGGCGGUGGAGGCGGAGGCUCUGCCACCUCCAAACAUUACAAAAACUCCUCCCCCCACAGCCACACCUCCACCAAUGGCAGCGUACCGUCCUCCUCGUCCAGUAGGAGUGAAAAGAAGCAGAAGUGUGCAGGGAAGAACCUUGCACCUCACAGAGAUCUGAUGGAGAACUGUAUACCUAACAACCAGCUCAGUAAGCCCGAAGCAUUAGUGCGGCUUGAGCAGGACAUAAAGAAGUUGAAGGCUGACCUGCAGGCGAGCAGACAGGUGGAGCAAGACCUGCGCAGUCAGAUCAGCUCCCUGAGCAGCGCUGAGAGGAGCAUGCGCUCGGAGCUCGGUCAGCUCCGCCAGGAGAACGAGUUGCUGCAGAACAAGCUUCAUAACGCUGUGCAGGCCAAGCAGAAAGACAAGCAAACGAUUGUGCAGCUAGAGAAGCGGCUCAAGGCAGAACAGGAAGUUCGAGCCGCAGUGGAAAAGCAACUUGCAGAAGAGAAGAAAAGAAAGAAGAUGGAAGAGGCGACAGCUGCACGUGCUGUGGCUUUGGCGGCUGCCUCCAGAGGAGAGUGCACAGACUCACUGAGGAGUCGCAUACGUGAGCUGGAGUCGGAGUGCAAGAAGCUCACACAUGACAUGAAGCUGAAGGAGGAACAGAUCCGAGAGCUCGAGCUCAAAGCGCAAGAGUUACGCAAAUAUAAGGAGAACGAAAAGGACACGGAGGUUCUGAUGUCAGCGCUGUCGGCCAUGCAGGACAAGACCCAGCACCUAGAGAACAGUCUGAGUGCUGAGACCAGGAUCAAACUGGAUCUCUUUUCAGCGCUCGGAGAUGCCAAGAGACAGCUGGAGAUCGCUCAAGGUCAGAUUUUGCAGAAGGAGCAGGAGAUAAAAGAGUUGAAGCAGAAGAUCGCAGAGGUCAUGGCGGUCAUGCCCAGCAUCACCUACUCGGCAGAGACCAACAGCAUGACCCCUGUGACCCCACAUUACUCCUCCAAGUUCAUGGACACCAGUCCUUCCAGCUUGGACCCCAAUGCCUCCGUCUACCAGCCGCUCAAGAAGUGAAUGUCCAAUCACAUCGCCCAAUUUGCUCUUUGAUUAGUCGAAGAAGUUCAGUAUGCAAACCAAUGGGAUGGGGUAGUAUUUUUGUUUGAUUUACCCCUCCUCUGUUAGUAUGGAGGUUGAUUUAAAAUAAGUGGAAAAAUGUAGAGGGAAAAAGGGAUGUCUCAUUUACUAGAACUGCCCUCCUUGUGUUUUAGGUUACUUUUGAAGCUCUUACACCUAAAAUCUUUUCUUGGUAACGGCACUUUAGCCCGUUGUGGUUCUUUUUGACGUCCUCCAUUUGUUUUGUGAGGUCUUUAUGAAGAUCUUUCAUGGUUUUAUUUAGCACCUUUUCAUCCAUGUGUUGAAUCUGAACCGUUUUAUGUGCCAGAAAUGGUGGCAUGACUUCUUUUACUUCCCUGGUAUAAACGUACCAUCUUUAAGUUUAUUACAUGUAAAAAGAAAAUGGAAAACGUGUUGAGAUAAGACCGAAGUAUUUGUGAUGGAAAACAUUGUGUUCGUUGCAAUGGAGUGAUUUAAGAAUGCAUUUCCGUUCAAGUAUGAGCGUAGUAUUGUACAUCUCUGUUUUUCAAGGGAGGUAAAAAGCAUUUCAUUGCAGAUGUUGAAUCAGAAUUGGAAAAAUGUUAGGUUUCUGUAUCUCCCGUGGAUGUGUUUUUUUUUUUUUUUUUUUUUAAGAGAUUGAAGACCAGCAAAGAAAAAAGAAAAAAAAAAUGUAUUUAAAAAGGGGACUAAUGUUCACAUUGUAUUUGUUUGACAAAUAUGCUGCAUAAAUAUUUGGGAAUGUUGUUGUAUUUUGCGGUCAAUGCAAGUCCUUUUUGUUACUGGACAAAAUUGAAAUAGAAUUUAGUUGGAACCAGUUGAAAAGCUGAACAUAUGAUGUCUUGUUUGCCAGUUAUAUUACACAGUGCCUUGAAAUAUGUUUAAUAUAUUCUCUCACACUUUCCAUGCCAUGUCCACCCCUAGAAUCAAUCUGGUUGGUCAGCACAACCUAUGACCGUUUUUUAUUUUAUUUUUUUAUAAUCUGCUGUCUUAUUGCCAUGUUUUGUCGGGAAAAACAAUACCGAUCACAGCAAGCCCACCAUAAUCCACUAGAUAUUUUGUUAUAUCUCUAAUUUACAUUAACAUGCUCAUUGCAUUUUAUAAUACUUACUGAAUGCUUUGAUUUUUGGUAAAACGUGCCAAUAUUUCUUUCCCUCCACCAUUAAUUGGCAUUGAGGACCAUGCAAACCAUGCAUCAUUUCAUAGCGACAUCAUUCAGUGACCGGGAUAACACCUAAACAUCAAUCCAUUAAGGAGUUCUCCUUCACACUUCUUCUUCAGUGAUUUAAGGUUUGUGUCAUGAUGCAGGCAGAAUGUGCUUGUUUGGUUUAGUCCUUGUUUUACUACAGGGCUUUCUUUUUUUAUUUGUCUACUUUGGGAACGUAUUACUGUGGAUUGCAUUUGGUGUUUUUAUGGUAAACUUUGUGGAGAGUAAAGAACACACCUUUGUU